UCCCGCUGAUGGUCCACAUGCGAUAGUGACUGCUGUCUUGCAUUUGACAAAACAACCGCAAACUGCUCCUAGUAGCAGCAGACCGUACUAUUUUACGCCAGUUGAGCACGUCUAGAGGAAAGACAAGAACAUUUUCAUUUACUACUGGGACACUGAUUGAAACGGCGUGAGCGAUGUCUUUGAGUGAGGUGAUGCUCAAAACACUAAUUCCAAGUAACUUUUUAGACUCCGACGACGAGGAGAUAAAGUCGUUAACUUGCCCUCAAGAAAGCGACGAUUUCGCCAAAAACCAAUUCACCAACUACAAUAUGUUCAAUGACUACUUCGGACUUAGUGAUUUGGUUCAAAAAGUUGGGUUAGCAAGCAGUGACUUCGACUACUUGGCCAGCCAUCCGUACGGAAAAGUGCAGUCACGACGUGACCGAUUUGACAGCAUUGAUUCAGAAAACUCAUCUUCAGGGAGCUGUGAUUCUUUUACUGAUCAAGGGUUGGCGUUUGGAGAGAGCUCGUUUCAGCCUUUCAGUACGUCUUCUUUACUGCAUAAUGCUGGAAAGAGGAGAGAAACCGCACUGCCUCCAAGUCGUCGCUUGAAGCCGACCACAAGGAGCACGGCUCCCGGUGCAAACCGCCAAGUGUGCGUUUUCUGCAGAAAUAAUGGAGAGAGCGAAGAUGUCUACGCAUCUCAUGUGCUGAAGAGUGUAGAUGGAAAGACAACGUGCCCUAUUCUUAGAGCGUAUACCUGUCCAAUCUGCAAAGCAAGUGGCGAUGAAUCGCAUACGAUCAAAUACUGUCCACAAAAUCAGCAGACACAAGGAAAUGGGCAACCUCCACCGCCGAAAGCACCUACGAACAACACCAAGACAACGCGUGGGAUUUUGCCGCCGAAAAGACGCUAAAUAAACCCCCAAGAACAUAAAUAUGAAUUAGGAAUUCCUUAUAACAGGGUAAUGUAAAGAGUUUGUAGCAAAUUUAUUGUUAAUAUUCGAGAUUUUUGGCUUUAUUGAAGAAAUUUGUUGUGUUAUUUGUUUACCGCCAUGAGAUCGCUUUUGCCGAGUUUGCCCUCAGCUCAAUCGCGGUAUUAAUUUAUUAGUAGUUUAUAUUUUUUACGACCACAUACGGAUUGUACGAGAUGCAGUACGACUUGUUUUAUUCAGAGUUAGUAGUUAUUUCUUAAUCCAGCGUUUCAAAAAUGUUGAAGUUUUUGGACUAUUGUCUSUUUCAGUUUUUACAGUUCAAACGAAAGUGCAAGCUUUUCGAUUUCAGCUCGUAUGCAAUAUUAUUAUAAUUCAUGAAUGGGAUAUACAAGAUGCUCGUUUUUCAUACGUAUCUAACUUAGCAAAAUCAAUUUUACAAAAAAAUUCCAAUACCUUAUAUUCGUGUGAUAACAUUUAGGUUUUCCAGAAAAAAAAUGAAUUAAAUCUUGUACUCCUAUAUAGAGUAAUAAUUUAUCAAUAUGUACCAUUGUAAAAAAAAAUUUUGGAAUUAUAGCUCUAAAUAUUCAGACGAUAUUGAAUUUUCACCCUUUAAAGUGUAAAGUAUUUUAAUAUCAAAGUGUUGAUUGCGAAUUUUCGCCCUGACUAUGACAAAGAAAUGAUUUUUAAAAAUGUUUUUGAGCACUUCUUAGCUCAGGGAUAUUCUUUUGACGAUGUUUGUAAAAAGAAAAAUUGAAGUAAUAGAUUCAAAUUACACUACUUUGAAAGUAGUUCAACUGAACAGAUCUAGUAGAAUUAAGAUUUUUUCAAUGAAAUUUAUUAUUAAUCUUCAAACAGCAUUUGCUGUUUUAGUUCAAAUUGAAAGUUAAGGUUUAAAAUUUCUAAGAGUUUUUAAUAUUAUUAACUGAUUAUAUUUCCUUCUGUAUUGAAGUGAGGAGUUUCAAAAAGCAUGUAAAAGCUUUAUUUAUAUAUAAUUGCAAAUAAGAAGUGAAAUUUGUACGGUUUUAUCGUAAAAAAAGAGAAGGAAUUAAAGCAUGUUUGACAUUUCUA